UUUCCUCUCCUUCGUACUUCAAGACUCCUGAAGCAUCUUACUCUUCACUGAACAAACCUGUUUACGUUACUCCGGUUUACCAACUCCGUACAAUGUCUUCCGGUAACCCAACUUCCAAGAUGCUGGCGGCCAAUUCGUUGAAGCAAAUCUUCACCCAGGAGAGCCGCCCUGCUAUGGGUGUCUGGCAGAUGCUGCCGGGGGCCAAUAUCUCGAGGAUUCUCGCUCGAUCAGGGGCUGACUGGGUGAUGGUUGACUGCGAGCAUGGAAAUAUUGACGAUGCUGCGAUGCAUGAAGCAGUUCCGGCCAUUGCUGCCCUGGGAGUUUCUCCCAUUGUUCGGAUCCCAGACCUUCGGCCGUGGAUGGUCAAGCGAGCGUUGGAUAGCGGUGCCCAUGGAAUCCUUGCACCGCUCAUCAGGACCGUUGAGGAUGUCAAGAACUUGGUGACCGCGGCAAAGUUCCCACCAGAAGGCAAAAGGGGAUUUGGAUCGCCCAUUGCCAUGCAAAACUUCAACCCCAUGCCAACCUUCACCGAAUACCUCCAGCAAGCGAACGAGAGCCUCUUGACUAUGGUACAGAUUGAGACACAGGAAGCCUUGGACUCGGUUGAAGAGAUCGCUCCGCUUGUGGAUGUCAUCUUCAUUGGCCCUUUCGACUUGGGUAACAAUAUCGGUCACCCGAUUAUCGAAGGGAAGAUGGAUCCGGAGCUGGAUGAGGCUAUUGAGAGGAUCUUGAAGGCUGCCGUGACGGCGGGCAAGAAGUGCGGCAUCUUCUGCACAGGCGGGGAUCAGGCCAAACAGUACGCCGACAAGGGGUUCCAUAUGAUCAGUGUCGCAACGGAUUACACAUUGUUGGGAGCUGCAAUGGCGGACAGCCUGACCAUUGCGCGUGGCCAAGGGAAGCAGGACAAGCCGGCAUCGUAUUAACGAGAAUGAGGCAGUGGUAGCGACAUACAAGGGUGCCAAUAAUUGGACUGGCCUCUCUCAUGACUUCUCGACUUGAUCCAUUUUAGCUUCAACCUGCUCGACCGUGAAGCGGUGCAUCAACUUGACGGCCUUGGAGGAAAGCUUGGGGUCUUCUUCUGGGGCUUGAGCCUUGCUGAUGUGAAUCUGUAAAAGU